AUGGCUAUUCGAUUCGCAGAGUCAUGGGCCCGAUUCAUUCCCAUGAUCGGGUACCACCAUGUUCUCAUGAUCAUUAUCGCAGUAGCAAUCAUCCUGCUAUCACUAUUGCUGGCCGGAUGCUCUUCAUCCUCUCCCCAAAUACCCAACAUCUUUUUGAUUUCGAUGUACUAUGAAAGUUACAAGCCGAUAUUCGAUUUGGCUCAAGUCCAACCCGGCGUGUCAUCGGCCAUGUCACAUAUUGUCGGUGCAGCUGAGCUGGAGGUCCGUGUUGGGUACUUCGGUAUCUGCGUUCAGCCCGACGGUGGCUCGUUCAUUUGCAACUCCAAUGCCACCGCGCUGGCGGAGAUCGUUACUGUGGACCAAGAUCCACUCAACCUGAUCUGGGUCGCCUCCACUUUCAAAGAUGCGGUCGUGUUCCCGUACCUUCUUAUUGUCGCUGUUGUCCUAGCCUUCUUCUGCUUCAUCCUACUCGCAACAUUCCCCGGCUGGCACGAGGAGCGCGACGAGUCUGGCUCGGACGUGGAAAUCAAGCCCUUCCCUUCACGGCCCGUUUCGCAAGCUGCGCUAGCUCUGAUAUUCGUCGCCUCUGUGUUUGUCCUGGUCUCGGUACUAUGGCAGCACACUGCCUCUGUUGCAGCAAGUACGAUUGCACAAGACAUGGGGAAUAGUGUCGUCAAGAGCGGCGUCGGAACCUCAGCUAUGGUGCUUGGUUGGUUCGGAUUUGUGUUACUGGUGGUCGUCACGAUCGGUCUACUGGUCAUGAUUCUCAGCAUCAGUUUGAUUAGAAAGCUGACUGAUGACGAACCUUGA